CUUGAUAUAGCGGAAGUGUUCUUUCUCUUCCGUUCUCUUUGGUCCCGGCUGCGAAGGAAGAUGACGAAGGGGACUUCUUCCUUUGGUAAGCGCCGGAAUAAGACGCACACUUUGUGCCGUCGUUGUGGUUCUAAGGCAUAUCAUCUUCAGAAGUCAACAUGUGGCAAAUGUGGAUACCCUGCUAAACGCAAGAGAAAGUAUAACUGGAGUGCAAAGGCUAAGAGACGCAACACCACUGGUACUGGUCGAAUGAGGCACCUAAAAAUUGUAUACCGCCGUUUCAGGAAUGGAUUCCGUGAAGGAACAACACCUAAACCCAAGAGAGCAGCUGUCGCAGCAUCUAGUUCAUCUUGAGGAUUCAACUGUUUGUUAAAAUAAAUGUUAUGAAUCAAAAGUAAUUGUGGUCAGUUUCAUUUGAUCCAUUGAUCACCCUUAGUCAAAUUAUUGGAAUUUUGUAUACUUUGGUGAGUUCUAGCUUGUGGGUGUGGUGAUUUAUUAACUAAGAAUGGGCUUAUUUAGUUAUAUUAUCUUCAUCUUAGAUCCUUUUGCUUUUUGGUAACUGAUCUCUCUUUCCCCCCCCCCCCCCCCCUUCCCUUUGUGACUUUCAAAUAUAAGAAAUGAAGAAUGUUAAACCACGAAGAGGGAUUUGAAUCCUUAUACUUUUGACACUUGCUAUGUAACUACUGAGCAUUUGCCACUCACAUUUGUAGUACCUACCUCACAGGGUUGUUGUGAGGUUUAAAUGAGAUGAUGUAUGUACAUGUGUUAUAAAUUUUGAAUAUUAGGCUUAUUUAGUAAUUAGAUAACUUUUGUACUGUUUGUUUUGCAAAGCAACUUCAUGACUAGCAAAAAGGAACAGAGGUGUCUUCACAGGUCUAAUUAGCUUGGAUUUUGCUUAGCAAACUUUAAAAUGGAAAAAGGCCUGCAAGUCACAGUGCAAAGUGCUACAUUUGGAAUCAGGGCAGAUAAUAUAAGUAAAUAAUAUGAUCAGAAACUUCCUUCCUUGAAACAUUGGAAAUGCCAUCAGAAAAUACUCCCAUCAGAGUUAACACCAGGAUCAAUAAAAACAUCCUCUACUGUAGGUUGAUUUUUUAAAAAUUUAACUUUUAUAUGCCUGUAUGGCUAAAGUCAUUUUAAGAGACUUAGAUUUGUUUUUGUAUUCCAGACAUGCCCCAAUUCCCCUCUGAUGGAUUGGCUCUGAUCUAUUGGGUACUUCUUCACACAGUGUUGUGCCUCUCAACUCAUUUAUGAGGCUUCCCCACUCAAAUAUUUUGUAUUCAAAAAGCACUUGGCACAUUUCCUGACUAAGCUAUAUACAAAUACCUUUUCCUUUUGUCAACAGCAUUUUGUGGUGGAGCAUGUUAGUUGUCCAUAAUUCCUCAAUCUCAUUACAUAAACUGCAUAGAUAUGCAGUAUUUAUAUUUAGUUUGUGGAAUUGGGUAAUCAACCUCAUUUAAGAGAAAUGACCUCUUAAAAUAUCUAGAAAGUUAACAAAUUUGUAUUCCAUUAAAUUAAAUGUAUGUGGAAUUUUAAAUGUAAUAUAAUGUGUUGCAUUUUCAGGGAAGGGACAUUUUAAUUAUACAUUGUUUAUCAGUGUUCAAAGGGAUUAGGUGUUACAAAUAUAAUUGCAAAACUUGUCCUACCUUUUGAAGGAAGCCAGGUUUACUCCCAUUGAGUAAAGGAAUGCUAUGUAUGGCCAGUAGCUGACACUGCCGUUUUGGGACAGUGAAAGGGGAUUGGGAGACUAAACGGGUAAAUGAGACUGAGAACGUGUAAUUAAAUUUCUGAUACAUUAGUGACCCGAUUCUGCAUGGGUUCUUUAUGAUUUUCUCCAGUAAUACCCAAAAGCUAAGCAGAAAUGUCAGUGCUAGAUUCAGAAUUAUUGGUAACAUUUAUAGAUCUGAAUUUGAAUCCUAGUUCAUGCUACUGUUCUGGGCAGGUCAGUCCUGGGUCUCAGUUGCCUCAUCUGUAAAAUGGAGGUGGUGGGAUUGCACAAAUAGUUGGUCAUUUCAUGGUCUCUGAACUUUUAAUUUCUUGCUAAUGUAUACCCUGAUUUGUUGGUUGCAACUUCAAAAGAAAUUAUUUCACCAUCUUGUUUCUAUACAUUUAUUCAGCUGGAAAAUUUACCUUCUAACCUACAUUAACUUGGUAACUACUUCACAGGACACUGCAGAUGUUUUAUUUGGUGCUUCAAAAACCCUGUGGAGUAGAUAGGAUAAGUAUCCAUAUUUUACAAGUAAGGGCAACAAGGCUAGUGACAAAUGACUUGCCCUUCUGUGGUCACAACUAGUAAAUAUUGGAGGUAGAAUUUACUCUUUUCCACUCAUAUCAAACUACAAUCUGGCAUAUCAUGUUUAGCUCUUCAUACCAAUUUUCUGUGGUAGGAGCUCCAUUUCCAUUUUACAGAUGAGGAAAAUUGCUUAGUCUAAUAGACAAUAAACAUGUGAUUUGACAUCAAACAUUUGUUAAGCAUGCUAAUACCUAGGGGAUAGACAAAAAUCAAAAGGUCCCUGCCCUCAAGGAGCUUACCUACCAUUUAGAAUGCACACAAGUUUAUAAAAUAAAAAAAGAUAGGGAGUCCUUUAGCAGCUAGGACAUGGUAAAGGGUUCCUUUAGGAAGUAGCCAUUUGGAUUAUUUUGGAAAAUGCUAGAAUAAAUGAAAAGAAAUUUGAUCAACAAUGACAGCUCCAAAGAGCUAGCAUGAAAUAUACACCUCUGAAUAAUUAACUCAGUACAAAGUGAAGUGUGAUUUUUGGUUUUCGUUUUUUUGGGGGGGCGGGGAGAGGGUGCAGGAUCUGGGAGCAUGGCCGAUGCUAGACUUUGUUUUAAAAAACUAUAUAUUUGUAACCAGUUUUAUUUUUGCUUUCUUGGAGGAGGGGAAGAAUUCAGUACUGAAAACAAAAUGGAGGAAAGCUGAGAAAAAUAAAUAUUCAUGUAUAUAUGAUUUUCAUUGUAAGAUAGGGAUUGUAUACCUAUCAGCAUAUGUGUGCACUACUAUCAUCAAAUGAGAUAGAGUGCCCCAAAAGCCUUAAUGCAGUUAUAAACAUAUGCAAUGUACAUUGUUGACUUUGUGUAUUUGUAAAAUGCUUAUUAAAUUUAAAACCUUGCAUUAUUGUAAACUUUCUUUUGGAGUGUCCAUAUAUUAACAUGUGAUGCUAGGUGGCUUAGUGGAUGGAGUACUGGGCCUGGAGUCAGGGGGAUGAGUUCAAAUUCAGCCUCAGACUUGCUAUGUAACCUCUUUUUGUUUCUGUCCUUGUUUCUGAAAUGAAGAUAAUAAAUAAGACAAAAUAAUUGUGAA